AUGUUCCUAUCCGCCGUGUCACUCGCACACGCGCUGGCGAUGACACAAUUUAUCAGACUCGGGGUGGAUGAGCUGGAUUGUCGUGCCUCCACAGCCCCCAAUGGUUUGCGGACGGCUGCGAGGGAACACCUCAUUACCUUACUUUUCUGUAGGAUUCAAAGAGCUGUUGAUUACGGGACCUAUCCAAUAACUGCUGUUUGCCCGAAAGUUACCGAACGUCUGCAAGCAGACGCGCUUAUGCUGAUGUCCCUGGAUGCACGGCCCUGCCAUUUUAACUUUCCAGGUGUGCCAUCCACUUUGUGGUCUUUCUGUGCGAUGCACCGGUUUGCGCGUCCUUUGCAGGAGAGUUGUGCAUUCCCAGCUCUCUCAUUCCGUUAUGGCCUCAUCGGUGACGAAUAUAAUUUGUACCGGAAAUGGUAG